GUAUUUUCACGCGUUGUCACAAAUGUUAAAUACUUGCAAUCUCCACAACACUCGCCGGCUUGGGCUUUGGCAGUGUUCACACUAUUUCGGAUCGAUUUUUGAGCUAGAUCAGAAGUCGAUCCGGUAUGGUGUGAACAGCCACGACAGAAAACAGACCCAACCAAUCCUUCAACGAACGAAGCGCCACAGUGGCCUUCCGGUACAAGAAUUUCAUCGAAAAAGUCGUCUCAUUUGUGAACUGAAGGCCAGUCCUAAAUUUUUUUAUGAUACGAUAGCUAUCCAGUGAACAUAGUGCGGACUUUGCCAAAUUUAUAGAAUGCCAGUGGAAAAGUUUUCUCUCGUGUAAGGCUAAAUUCACUCUAUUGUCGUUUUUGAUGUUGCUUUUUGUUUAUUUUUAAUUUGUUGUGAUCCUGCCUAGUCGCUCUUGGGCCGAGACUAAUUUAUUUUUCUGCAUCUACAUUUCAAGUGAAAAGUUAUAUUGGGUCGGCAGAAGAUCGCUUGUUAGAUGGAAAAGUUUAGCAAUUGAACAAGAAUCAGAGAGGCAGAACUUGAUUGACAGGUUUCAAAAUACAGCCAAUCACGACACAGAGGAAGAAGAUGAAACGAAAAUAACUGGAGAUAAGAUUAAUAAUGUUGAUAUGGGACAGACGCUCAGAAAUGGAAAGGAAAAAGAGAAAGAAUCGCCGCAACAAGACACUCCGGAGGAAGACCUGAAUGAACCCGACGCUAAAUUCAAUGAAGAUUUGCUUUGUGAACAUGGUUAGUUGAGAGUCCUGGCAGUUAUCGCAAGCACAAUUGCAAGCACAAUAAAGGGCCGAAUAUCUCUCCUUGUACUUGUGCUUCCUUCCAGAUAUUUUUUCCGUAAAACCGGAGUUUUAUCGUGGAACCCCGCUUUACGACCACCCUGUUUAUACGCCCAAGUCGGUUUUUACCAUUCAACGGAGGUCACAUUAUCGGGGUUCUACUACAUUAAAACCCAAAGUUGUCACUAAAGCCUUUUACAGCACAGUCAUUGUUGUGGACCAGUGAAAUCUCAAAUUUACUAAAUGUCACGAGGUCAUGUGCUGAAAAACUUGGAUGGAGGCGAGUUUCGGUCGGUUUUAUCUGGUUGUGCAGUGCUUUGCGGACGGUUUCAAUAUUUUAUCGUUGUGUACUAAUUUGUUCAGGAAAAAAAAUCAAAACCAACAACAAGACAAAUAGCAAACAAGCAAAACCAACCAAACAAAGAAGAGAAAACUCUGACAAACUUUUUCUUACCGCGUUGUCGUUUUUUAUUUAUGUUUUGUAGAAGACUUAUCUUCGGAAGAAUCAUGUCGGCGGCUUGUUUCAGAUGCUGUCUGGCAGAGGUUAAAAUAUUACUUUCCCGCUGCUUGCGAGUUUACGAGUGUUCACUCAGUAUGCAGAUUAUGUCAGGUAAGACCUGAUUCUUUUGAGCCUUCCUUUUGAUUGAUAACCACACCACGUAUGCGGGUUGCGUGAUGCCAAACGACGGCUGCUUAGGAAUGACCGGUGUAAUGUCAGUUAAGGUGCUAUUGGGCAUGCAUAAACCCUUGAAAUACACUCUAUAACGGGGAGAAUUUCACGAGUUCAAGUUUGAAAAUGAGUUCAAAUGGUUUUUAACCAUGAUACGUUAGACGAGCAAAUUUCACCACCAAUUAAGCCUCGCUUGUACGCAAAAUUCUUCGCAUUUGCACUCUUUGUGCGUGGGUAUUCUUUUCAACUCUGUUGCCUUGGGAAUUCAUUUACAGCUAUUUCGAGAAAGGUCGGAAAAAGCGUGCACGCGACAAUCCCAAAAGGUACCUAAUAUGGCGAUAUGAUCAAUACACUGUUCCUGACACUGUAGCUGUCGAACUUACUUUUGCUGCUUUCCUUUAGCACUAGCAAACAUAUGUCCAUGGCCUCUCGUGCCAUUGUUUCAAAUUUCUGCGAAGAACAGAGAACCCAAAACCACCCAUAAUACCUUUCGGGAUUGUCGCGUGCACUUUUUCCGACAACCUUUCUCGAAAUAGCUGUAUACAAAACUUCGCAACUUUACCAUUUCCAAGCAAGGCUUGGUGGUGAAAUUUGCUCGUCCGACGUAAACAUACUCACCUGACCAGUAAAGGUAAGAGAAGAAUAAAAACCUGGUAGAUGACAGGUUAUUUGGAACCUUUUUCCAUGUUUAGGCGGAAGAUGAAGAGGAACGACAGAAAACCGAAGUUCACAGAUUACUAGCAUCAGAACAGAGAUCUGCGUUAACACAGCUUUAUUCUGAAAGACAACGGCCGUCCAUGGAUAAUGAUGUGAGUAAUAAAAGAAGAUUCAUUCUAAAAGUUUGAAAAGUUUAAUAUCCUAUUUCUUCAUUUUUAUAAACUCCCAGGGGCACUUUAUUCCGUCCUCAUUUCAGACCCACUAAACUCACGCCGAGCUAAGUGGAAAAUGUAUUUUGGGGAACGACUUAAAGCGAUAUCAGUCCGAGUCUGUCCUUUAACUUAAACAACAACAAAAAAACACUAAAAAAGAACAGUUUUCUUAUUUAUUUUUGUAAUAUAUCACUAACUAAAACCACUUUAAUGUUUAUGCUUCUUUAGAGUUCUCUAAGGCGUUUUCCUUUAGUGCUCUGUCAAAACUUUUCUAGCGUUUUCUUUUUUUUUGCUUUCAGGACCCGGUCGUUGCUCGUGCUGUUUCAAAAGACUUUUUAGAUCAAUGGAGACAGUUUGUAAGGUAAUGCGUCUUCUCCCAUAUUUUGUGGAUAAUCACAGAAAACCGUGUGCAGUCAGUUCGAUGCAAUUGAUUCAUCCGUACCAGCAGAAUUUAGGGACCUGAUACAGUUUCCUCUCUACUUGACUGGGCUGUUUCAUGGCUGUCUACUUCAUUUUGUUAAGGUGAUGUUACACGAGACGAUUCGCAACGACGAUUUUUAGCGCAACACAGCGUUGCAAUGUUGGAACAACGUUGUUGCCAUUCGAAACAAUGUCGCAACAAUGUUGCAAACCUGUGUUGCGCUAAAAAUCGUCGUUGCGAAGCGUGUGGUGUAACAUCACCUUUAAUAAUGCCAAUUACGCGUUCUUAUCCCUUUAAACCCCAAUAGUGACCACCGUUAAUAUUCUCCUAACAAAAUCAAUACAUAAUCAAGAGGAAAGGUUUUGAGAAAUCAUGAAAUGAUCACUAAAGGGAGAAUUCUUUUACCUUUGUACAAGGUCUCUCAACUGAUUUUUUAGGAAUUGUAUGGAGAUCAGUUUGGAGAAUUUGUUUUUUGAUAUUGGACCUUUAAUGGGUUAUUUGCUAUUCAUCGCUGCAUUGCAACCCACAAGUGUCUUAUUGGAGAAACCGAUUUCAACUUUAAUUUUACUAAAAAUAAAGCUGUUCAUUCAUAUAAUACAAGACGCUCUAAUGAUAUUCGCUUACCCCUACCCAGAACAAACUGGGGUAAACAAACUUUCAUUUUUCACGCUGCGAAAGACUGGAACAGCCUUCCAAAUGAUUUAAAAGAGUGUAAUUUUUUGUCUAUUUUUAAAUCCAAGUUUAAAACUUUUUUAAAAGAUCUCAGCUAAUUUUAAACCUUGAUAUUUUUUUAAUACUCGAUUCUAAGAUUUUAAAUUUUUAAAUUUUUUUUACUUCUAAACAUAUUUUACUUUUUUCGUAAUAAUUAAUUAAUUAGUUAAAUUAAUGCAUAAGGGUCCCACUGAAAACCGCCUUGUCGAGUUGGGCUCCCUCUAUAAAUUUUAUUAUUAUUUUUAUUAUUAUUGCCUUGUCAAAAAUGCCGUUGUCGAAUUGACAGUCAGGUUGAAGGAAAAUACGAAAUACAUUUCCGGUAAUUCAUUGAGUUUGCUGGGGGCGCAGAACAGGGAUAUCGGCGCUGCUUCGCAGACGUUACUAACCGAGGUUAAAUUACGUCUGCGACGCAGGCUACCCCUACAGCGGUCAACUCGCCACUUAAGAAACGAGAAGGUAAUGGGAGCCAAAAUACGUCCUGCAAUGAUUUCUGGUAUGGUUACUAGGGACUCGCCGUUUAGCUGUUGGCCGACUUGUCACGUGUCCAUGAUCUUAGCUACAGUCCCAGAAGUCUUUGCUAAGGUUAAAGGGACAGGUUCACGGAUAAGCGCAUGCUCAUUAAUUAAAUUACUUUUUUCCAAUUUAUCAUCAAUUCUAUCGGUUAAUAAUCGCACUCACAUAUAUCUCAGCGAUCUGGUGUAUUUCAAAGGAGAAGUGUAUUUCAGAGUAACCUGAAGUAGGAUUGAGGAAUACUAAAAUCCCAGAAAAAAAUUAGUGGAUUAUGCCAACAUUACCAACGUUGAAUUUGUUGUUGACCCGAAGGUGUUAUUCCGUGGUUGAUUAAUUUACAGCUAUUUGCACAAAAGUUGAUCAAGUGACUGCCAGGGGAGUGUGCAGAUUGGUUCUUUGACAGCAUUAUGACAUGAUCAUAUUGUUUGCAAAGACGAUACAGCAAGUCCCGGCAGAAAAACAUGAUUUUGAUAAAUGAGCAUGCGCUGAACCGUGAACCUGUCCCUUUAACUCGGUGCAGUUUUCGUCUCGUGUCUAGAGUGACAAAUGUACUCUAACCGUAAAUUAGCCAUAGAAGUAAAAUGGUUUAUUGAAUACCUUACAAGCAGUGUCAACUGAAUUGCUAAGGCUUACAAUGUAUAGAAAAAAGGUAUGAAUUAUAAUAACAAAAAUACUUGCAUAAUAACUAUAUGAAUCCUGCAACUACGAAAACUAACUAUGAAUUGUUAAAAAAUAACUGCGCAUUUGUUAAUAAAGGUAUCACGGCACCUGUUGGUCUUGCAGGGCUUUACACGUUCUGAUGUAAAGUUCCUGAGGUCCUUAAAGGGCCACUCGUUGAAUGGUAUUAGAGAUUGCAAAACAUCAAGGGGAUUUUCUACAAUUUUGUUAAAAAUGUUUUUACACAGCUCUGCCCUUCUUUGCUCUAACGUAAGAAGGCCUGAAAGUGACAGGGCGUCUGACUAGUGCACUUCGUAACCAACGUAGAGGUUAGCCUCAAGGGCAAGGUUCGACUGUUUUAAGCGUUGGGUUCAUCUCCGAUGUAUUUGUCCCUUUUGUUUUUUUGAUAGGUACCCGAGAGGAAACUCUCCACCAGAAAGUAUCAAGAAUGCUCCUCUUCUUUGCUGCCAUGAAAAGUUCCUGUUUAAUCCCGAGUGUGAAGACGAGGAAAAUGGCGCAAGCGAAGAGUAAGUUGUUAUACCGACUGCUUUUUCCAGGGCUCCUCUCUUUUGAGUGGGAGCCAGGUUGGUUAUUGUAGGGCAUGCUUUAGUCCUUCUUUUCUCGUAUGAUCCCUCGAGUAAUCUACCCCUCCCGAAGAACGCCUUUGCAAAUAGACCUCUUUAGCUUUUAUGUUCUCUUUUCCCAAUAGACGUGCCAAGGGAACUUGACCAUCUGUCGUUUUGUAAGUUAUGCGUAGAUAUGCACGUGAGUAAGACGAAAUUUGAAAGAAACAGUUCUCUAGAGUGUUAUCACAUGACCUGUAUUACGAAAACAAAACAUACAAGCUAAAGAGGUCUAUUGUGAAGGUGUGUCCCAAGUGUUCGCUCGUGCUCAUUCCUAGUCAAAAAAACCUUCACCAAAACUCGAAUGUAAGUAUUGUAGCUGGGUGAUUAGGUGUUUGAAGCUGGCUUACUAUCUGAGCUAUGGAAACUCAUGUAUGGAGAGCAAGCCAAUUUGCAGAGUUCGUCUUACUCGUGAAAGGCAUGAAACAUAGAAUAAAGAUAAUGGGAACUGGGAAAAUACUAAUCUAAAUGAAGAUAUGACCGUCGCAGUUGUAGGCCCUGGAUCCUUUUUAGGCUUAAUUGACAAUUGUUGAAUUUGCGAUUACAACUGCGAUGAUCAUACCUUCAUUUAGACUUGGAUUAACGACAUCUGAUUUAUCUGGCGAUAGGUCACGAGCAUUUGAAAAUCACUUUGAACUGGUAGAUAAGUGCAGCUGCCGAUUUAUUCUUUAAUUCACCAUUUCGUGCACAUCUCACAAAAUACACCUUGUCUUUCUCCAAAAUUUUGCAUAGUCACUGUCUUCAACUUCUCGGGGGAUACCAGGAGAAAUUUAAGGGGAGAUGGGUAAACAAGGUGUAUUAUUGAAGGUGUGCAAAUGGCCAAUGAAAUACUCCUUUCUGGCAGGUUUUGUUACAUCUGGCAGAAUGAGUGGAACAUACUCACCCAAACCUACGCAUACGACCACGUGAUAACGGUAACAAAAAAUGUAACGGAAGACGGCGUCAGACAGUUGGCUACUUGCCCCGGUGAGUCAUAACUUGUGAUUUUCAAUUUUCGAUUGUAAAGAUUGCCAUUUGAGAUUAUUGUACAUCAAGGGACCGUAGGCGGGUCUCUUCAAUCAAUCAAUCAAUCGAUCAACCAAUCAAUCAAACUUCGUGCAACAGUGGGCUGCAAUAAUUGUGGGAUUGAGUAUCACCUUUCGUCGUACUAAAACGAUAGUUGUAGCUAAUCGCAACUGUCACAGGCCUUCGAAUAAACCAAUAAUAUUUCGAAAUACACGUAUUUAACGUCAGGCAUAGUUAAUCUCUGAUUGGCUGAUAAAUCGCAAAGCAUUCUUGGUUUCCAACCACGUGACAAGAGCACCAUGUUGGUGGUCAAAACAUGCAUUUUUUUCCUCAGUAUUUGCGUACAAAAGUUAAAUCAUUCACUUAACACCUUGAAUGGUCGACAUAAUGGUGCGAGCCAGUCCUGAUUCAUAACAACGUUUCUCCAGUGCUCUAUUCUGUACGUUGAGCACGUAUCACAAGUGCUGGCGAUCAUGGCAGUUUUGUUUUGUCUUGAAACCUUUGAGAGAAAUACAUGGAUUGGAAUUUGGAGUGGAACUCGUUGCACACAAUCUCUAGUUUUGGUCUACACGUAUUGGACUCGAUGGUCAAAUUAACCAUUUUGCUUUUACACGUUGCGACAGAUGUUUGUCCAGAGUGUUCCACAGCUCGGAUACAAGCUAGAGCGCAACACGUGGAAAACUACCGCUAUGGUACCAUAUAUGUUCGGAAAAUUACCAAGGAUCACAGCGAAAAGGAAGUGCAGCAAAUCUUGAAUGAUGUAAGUGCAGUGGCUUUUAUUUCCUGUAUUUCAUACAUUCUUCUGCUCUGUUUAGGCAUAGUUAUUAGAGGAGACUGGUUAUGAAAAGCGGCAAACAUCAAUGAUAAAAACAACAGUGCGGCAGUUUAUGUUCAAAGCACCGUGAAAGUGCACAAUCCUUUGUUUUCUGUUGGCAAAUUGUUACGGAAUAAAUUAAUGCAACGUUUUUAUUGGUCAAUACAAUCAAAAUGAUAGGAAUUCUUUUGAACGUUGUGCACUUUCAGGUUCACAAAAACAUAUAACAAAGGAGUCUGACGGGUUUCAUAACCAUUCCACUCAAUUAACUAUGGUUUAGGAUCUUAAUUGUAAUAAACUGUUGGACAUAACUUACUCAGUAAGGCGCUGUUUAUGUAUGCAGGUUCUCACUAUGUUUCCAAUUGAUAAAACUGUUGCAGUUUAAGAUUCUGGGUACUGUCUACUGUCCACCUACCUGCCCCUCCAAACGCAAUGUUAACACCGACUUCUCCCUUAGGACAAAAUUUUCGGUUAGGGAAUUGAAUUGAACUAAGUUGGUGUGGGUCGUGAAAACUGUGACAGCUGUUUCAACCGUGUUGACUUUCAUUUGGGUGGUCCUGAUUUCCGGUCCCACCCCGACCGCCCUAGAAAAUGAUUAUUGUCUUUUUUUGUCCAAAAGGGGGAGUGCCCGUCUGCUAAGCAAGGUAAACGCGGCAGCUGGAAACUUGGUUGUUGUGGUCUCCGUGACGAGCUUCUACAGUAACAGAUUAUUUUAAUUGUUUUCAGAGUUUCAAUUCCCCAAGUAGAGAUUGUGAUUCCCCAUCGGAUCCCGAUUUUCAGGUCAGUGACGGAGUCAUUUGGAUUGCUUAAAAAAAUUUUCAGAUUUUUAAUAGUUUCAGAAUAAAGCACAGACUUAUUUUCACAAAAAUUCAGUCGUUUGGGCCUAAACAAUGAGAGGCAAAAUACAUUAGGGAGGUUAAGCAACAACGACUGCGACGGCUACCAAACGUCACUUAAAAAGUGAAGUCGCGCUGUUUCAAACUUAUUCGCGCUUAUUCCAUCUCGUUCAAUUCGUCAAAUGUUGGCAGUUUCAUCUGGAGAUGAAUUCUAACAGGUUCUAUCGAAGUUCAGGAGAAGAAAAAGAAAGUCGUUAUCUUGUGUUCACGUCUUCCACAAAGCGUGAAAUUAGGCCUUUUCACGUUGUAGUCGUGCAGUGACGAAAAAGUAAUGUACUGGAAAUACGUAUCUCGCAAUAACCCUCGCGAAACUCGGUUUGGAAGCGGCACUCAAGUUAAGCCCUGUCGGUCGCUUCACUCGGAACAAAAAACGUGAUGCACGUGCAGGGUUUUUUUUGCCGUUCUCGUUGACGUCGCCGUCGUCGUUGCCUAAGCUCCCCAGUAACUCGAACGCAACGGGAAAUUUAUGGUGCAAAGGGAGAAAAAGAAAUCGCGUACAUUUUUAAUUCUUUUUUUCUUACAAACAUUUAGGAGGGGCGGCCCACCUUAUUGCUUUUGGUAUGACCCAAAGGUUUGGAGCAUGAUUUUGCGCUAGCUAUGUUAAAAUUGGCCGAUUUUUAGUUACCGAAUUGACUCGAAUAAACGCCGGGCCCAACCUGAAUAGAGGAAUGCGGCGUUCAUUCGAGGAUUUUAAGAAAAAAACGCGUUGUGUAAUCUUCACCGUCCAGACAAUUACGAUUCUAUCUCAGCAAAAAAAGGGACUUGUUUGCAAAUUAAUUUGUUCAUUGAUUCAACUUUUCUAAUCAGACGCCACCGGACAGCAAGAAACCUAAGUUAAACCGCGAUUCUCGAACGCGUAGAAGCUCAAGGUAACUUCUUUCGCUCUCCCUUUUUUUUUCUUUUUUUUUCUAUUCUUUUAAAAGCUAACGCCUUUUCAUGUUUACGACAGGCAUCGAAAACAACGAGGAGAAAUUUCUCUUACCGUCGGGUCAACGGAAACAUUGAGAGAUGUUAAACUGCAGGUAAUUUUUAAUAACCCUUGUGAAGAUUUUCGGUGUCAUCUUGAAAGUUAGGCACGCGCGUCACCUCGUUCUCAGGGUCCCCUCCAACUGGGCCUCCGGAGCGAGUAAGAGAGGACCCUGGGCACGAGGGCACGCGCGUGAGAAAUAAGAAUGAUUUAAAUUUUUUUACAUAUUCACUCUCUCAUAGGAUUCCGUUGAGUAUUUUUAGCUCAAAUUAAAUAAGAAUGAUAAGGAUAUGUAAAUGACUGCACCAAAUGUUAAUAAAGAUUCGCUGAUAUGUCGCUCCAGGAAAUCAAGUUUUAAAAAAUAUUUAUUCUUUGUAUUAUUUCGGGCACAAACUCGUGAAUAUUUUUCUUUUUAGCUGAUGAAGAGUUUUUCAGCGAUGCCUAUGGAUCAGCAUCUCACGUUAAAUGGCAUUAAACUUACUGAUGAUGAAGCCACGCUCAUCUCGUUAGGAAUCAGACCAGGAUCUCUCUUGCUACUCAAGGUUUGUGAGGAUAGUAUAUGGCUGUAGUAAAUCUCCGAGCGGGCAAAAUGAAGCCAAUCCUAUGUUCUGUAUCGCUACCCGAGCAGAUAAAGGGAACACGUGAGCAAGGGAGCAAGGAAACAGGGGAACAAGGGAACAGGUGAAAAAGGCAAUCGGGGAACAGGAAAACAGGGGAAGAAGGGAACAAAGUAGCCUCUGUACAGACACCCCUUCCCCUCAGAAAAAAAUCGGGAAGAGAGACGUUUGUGAAUCGCCGUCGUUAAUCGUGUUCCGAUGUAUAUUUGCAUAUUUUUUCUGUUGUUUUUCCUCUGGCGGUUGAAAUAUGUUGACAGAGCAACACGACUGUGGACUCUUGUUAUUUAUAACCGAGUAUGUUAUGCUUUGGAAAAUUUCAACACGUACAUGUUCGACUUCCUGUUGUUUUCAUCUGGGAAGCACUGUUUUACCCUUUGUUACCCCUUGUUAACCUUGUUACCCCUUGUUACCCUUGUUACCCCUUGUUACUCUUUGUUACCCCUUGUUACCCUGGUUACCCCUUGUUACCCUUUGUUACCCCUUCUUACCCUUGCUACCCCUUGUUACCCCUUGUUACGCUUUGUUCCCCUUGUUACCCUUGUUACCCCUUGUUACCCUUUGUUACCCCUUGUUACCCUUUGUUACCCUUGUUAACCUUGUUACCCUUGUUACCCCUUGUUACCCUUUGUUCCCUUGUUACCCCUUGUUACCCUUGUUACCCCUUGUUUGUUCCCCUUGUUACCCUUUUUUUACCCUUGUUACCCCUUGUUACCCUUGUUACCCCUUGUUACCCUUUUACCCUUACCCUUGUUACCCUUUGUUACCCUUUUGUUACCCCUUGUUACCCCUUGUUACCCUUGUUACCCUUUUUGUUACCCUUUGUUACCCUUUGUUACCCUUGUUACCCUUGUUACCCUUUUGUUACCCUUUUGUUACCCCUUGUUACCCUUGUUACCCUUUUGUUACCCUUGUUACCCUUGUUACCCUUUGUUACCCUUUUGUUACCCUUUUUACCCUUGUUACCCUUGUUACCCUUUUGUUACCCUUGUUACCCUUUGUUACCCUUUUGUUACCCUUGUUACCCCUUGUUACCCUUUGUUACCCUUGUUACCCCUUUGUUACCCUUGUUACCCUUGUUACCCUUGUUGUUACCCUUUGUUACCCCUUGUUACCCUACCCUUGUUACCCUUGUUACCCUUAUUACCCUUUGUUACCCCUUUUGUUACCCUUUGUUACCCUUUGUUACCCUUUGUUACCCUUUUGUUACCCUUGUUACCCCUUGUUACCCCUUGUUACCCUUUUUUUUUACCCCUUGUUACCCUUUGUUACCCCUUUGUUACCCUUUGUUACCCUUUGUUACCCUUGUUACCCCUUGUUACCCUUUGUUACCCUUGUUACCCCUUGUUACCCUUUGUUACCCUUGUUACCCCUUGUUACCCUUUGUUACCCUUGUUACCCUUGUUACCCCUUGUUACCCUUUGUUACCCUUGUUACCCUUUGUUACCCUUGUUACCCUUGUUACCCUUGUUACCCUUGUUACCCUUGUUACCCUUUGUUACCCUUGUUACCCCUUGUUACCCUUUUUUACCCUUGUUACCCUUUCGUUACCCUUUGUUACCCUUGUUACCCCUUGUUACCCUUUGUUACCCCUUGUUACCCUUGUUACCCUUUGUUACCCUUGUUUACCCUUGUUACCCUUUGUUCCCCUUGUUACCCCUUGUUACCCUUGUUACCCUUGUUACCCCUUGUUACCUUAUUACCCUUAUUUACCUUAUUACCCUUAUUUACCAUUGUUACCUUGUUACCCUCGUUACCCUUGUUACCCCUUGUUGCCCCUUUUACCCUUACCCCUUGUUACCCUUGUUACCCUUUUUACCCUUGUUACCCCUUGUUACCCUUGUUACCUUGUUACCUUAUUUACCCUUGUUACCCCUUGUUACCCUUGUUACCCCUUGUUACCCCUUGUUACCCCUUGUUACCCUUGUUACCCUUGUUACCCUUGUUACCCUUGUUACCCCUUGUUACCCUUGUUAUUCCUUGUUACCCUUGUUACCCCUUGUUACCCUCGUUACCCCUUGUUACUCUUUGUUACCCCUUGUUACCCUUGUUACCCCUUGUUACCCUUGUUACCCCUUGUUACCCUUUGUUACCCCUUGUUACCCUUGUUACCCCUUGUUACCCUUUGUUACCCUUGUUACCCCUUGUUACCCCUUGUUACCCUUGUUACCCCUUGUUACCCUCUGUUACCCCUUGUUACCCCUUGUUUCCCUCGUUACCCCUUAUUACACUUGUUACCCCUUGUUACUCUUUGUUACCCUUGUUACCCCUUGUUACCGUUGUUACCCUUUGUUACCGCUUGUUACCCUUGUUACCCUUUGUUACCCUUGUUACCGCUGGUUACCCUUGUUACCCCUUGUUACCCUUGUUACCCCUUAUUACCCUCGUUACCCCUUGUUACCCCUUGUUACCCUUGUUACCCCUUGUUACCCUUGUUAUUCUUGUUACCCCUUGUUACCCUUGUUACUCCUUUUUACCCCUUGUUACCCCUUGUUACCCUUGUUACCCCUUGUUACCCCUUGUUACCCGUUGUUACCCCUUGUUACCCUUGUUACCCCUUGUUACCCUCGUUACCCCUUGUUACCCCUUGUUACCCUUGUUACCUUUGUUACUCCUUGUUAUCCUUGUUACCCCUUGUUACCCUUGUUACCCUUUGUUACCCUUGUUUCCUUUUGUUACUCUUUGUUACCCUUGUUACCCUUGUUACCCCUUGUUACCCUUGUUACCCCUUGUUACCCUUGUUACCCCUUGUUACCCUUUGUUACCCCUUGUUACCCUUGUUACCUCUUGUUACCCUUUCCUACCCCUUGUUACCCUUAUUACCCCUUGUUACCCUUUGUUACCCUUUUUACCCCUUGUUACCCUUGUUACCCCUUGUUACCCUUUUUUCCCCUUGUUACCCCUUGUUACCCUUGUUACCCCUUGUUACCCCUUGUUACCCUUGUUACCCCUUGUUACCCCUUGUUACCCUUGUUACCCCUUGUUACCCUUCUUACCCUUGUUACCCCGUGUUACCCUUGUUAUCCCUUGUAAACCUCUGAAACCCCAUUUACCCCUUGUUACCCCUUGUUCCCCUCGUUACCCCUUGUUACCCAUGUUACCCUUUUUACCCCUUGUUAUCCCUUGUUACCCUUGUUACCCCUUGUUACCCUUGUUACCCCUUGUUACCCCUUGUUACCCUUUGUUACCCUUGUUACCCUUUGUUCCCCCUGUUACCCCUUGUUACCCUUGUUACCCCUUGUUACCCUCGUUACCCCUUGUUACCCUUGUUACCCCUUGUUACCCUUGUUACCCCUUGUUACCCUUUGUUACCCCUUGUUACCCUUGUUACCCCUUUUUACCCGUCUUACCCUUGUUACCCCUUGUUACCCUUGUUAUCCCUUGUUAACCUCUGUUACCCCUUGUUACCCCUUGUUCCCCUCGUUACCCCUUGUUACCCGUGUUACCCUUGUUACCCCUUGUUACCCCUUUUUACUCUUUGUUACCCUUGUUACCUCUUGUUACCCUUGUUACCCUUGUUACCCCUUGUUACCCUUUGUUACCCUUGUUACCGCUUGUUACCCUUGUUACCCUUUGUUACCCCUUGUUACCCCUUGUUACCCCUUGUUACCCUUGUUACCCCUUGUUACACCUUGUUACCCUUGUUACCCUCGUCACCGCUUAUUACCCUUGUUACCCCUUGUUAGCCUCUGUUACCCCUUGUUACCCCUUGUUACCCCUUGUUCCCCUCGUUACCCCUUAUUACCCUUGUUACCCUCUUUUCCCCUUGUUACCCCUUGUUACCCUUGUUACGCCUUGUUACUCUUUGUUACCCUUGUUACCCCUUGUUACCCUUUGUUACCCCUUGUUACCCUUGUUACCCUUGUUACCCCUUGUUACCCCUUGUUACCCUUUGUUACCCCUUGUUACCCUUGUUACCCCUUGUUACCCCUUGUUACCCUCGUUACCCCUUGUUACCCCUUUUUACCCUUGUUACGCCUUGUUAGCCUUCUUACCCUUGUUACCCCUUCUUACCCUUGUUAUCCCUUGUUAACCUCUUUUGCCCCUUGUUACCCCUUGUUCCCCUCGUUACCCCUUGUUACCCUUGUUACCCUUUUUACUCCUUGUUACCCCUUGUUACUCUUUGUUACCCUUGUUACUCUUUGUUACCCUUUUUACCUUUUGUUACCCUUGUUACCCUUUGUUACCCCUUGUUACCCUUUGUUACCCUUGUUACCGCUUGUUACCCUUGUUACCCUUUGUUACCCCUUGUUACCCCUUGUUACCCUUGUUACCCCUUGUCACCGUUGUUACCCUUCUUACCCCUUGUUACACCUUGUUACCCUUGUUACCCUCGUCACCCCUUGUUACCCUUGUUACCCCUUGUUACCCUCUGUUACCCCUUGUUACCCCUUGUUACCCCUUGUUCCCGUCGUUACCCCUUAUUACCCUUGGUACCCUUUUUACCCCUUGUUACCCCUUGUUACCCUUGUUACGCCUUGUUAGUCUUUGUUACCCUUGUUACCCCUUGUUACCCUUUGUUACCCUUGUUACCGCUUGUUACCCUUUUUACCUUUUAUUACCCCUUGUUACCCUUGUUACCCUCUGUUACCUUUGUUACCCCUUGUUACCUCUUGUUACCCUUGUUACCCCUUGUUACCUUUGUUACCCUUGUUACCCCUUGUUACCCUUUGUUACCCCUUUUUACCCCUUGUUACCCUCGUUACCCCUUGUUACCCCUUGUUACCCCUUGUUACCCUUGUUACCCCUGGUUACCCUUGUUCCCUUUUGUUGCUCUUUGUUACCCUUGUUACCCCUUGUUACCCUUGUUACCCCUUGUUACCGCUUAUUUCCUUUUGUUACCCCUUGUUAGCCUUGUUACCCCUUGUUACCCCUUGUUACCCUUGUUACCCCUUUUUACCCUUGUUACCCUCGUUACCCCUUGUUACCCCUUGUUACCCUUGUUACCUCUUGUUACCCCUUGUUACCCUUGUUCCCUUUUGUUACUGUUUGUUACCCUUGUUACCCCUUGUUACCCUUGUUAUCCCUUGUUACCCUCGUUACCCCUUGUUACCCCUUGUUACCCUUUGUUACCCCUUGUUACCCUUGUUACCCCUUGUUACCCCUUGUUACCCUUUGUUACCCUUUGUUACCCUUGUUACCCCUUGUUACCCUUGAUACCCCCUGUUACCCUUGUUACCCUUCUUACCCCUUGUUACCCUUGUUACCCCUUGUUACCCUCGUUACCCCUUGUUACCCCUUGUUACCCUUUGUUACCCUUGUUACCCCUUGUUACCCUUUGUUACCCCUUGUUACCCCUUGUUACCCUUUGUUACUCCUUGUUACCCCUUGUUACCCCUUGUUACCCUUGUUACCCCUUCUUACCCUUGUUACCCUUGUUACCCCUUGUUACCCUUGUUACCCCUUGUUAACCUCUGUUACCCCUUGUUACCUUUGUUACGCCUUCUUCCCCUCGUUACCCCUUGUUACCCUUGUUACCCUUUUUACACCUUGUUACCCUUCUUACCCCUUGUUACUCUUUGUUACCCUUGUUGCCCCUUGUUACCCUUUGUUACCCCUUGUUAUCCUUGUUACCCUUUGUUACCCCUUGUUACCCUUGUUACCCCUUGUUACCCUUCUUACCCUUGUUACCCCUUGUUACCCUUGUUACCCCUUUUUACCCCUUGUUACCCCUUGUUAACCUCUGUUACCCGUUGUUACCUUUUUUACCCUUCGUUACCUUUGUUACUUCUUGUUACUUCGCUAACCCCUUAUUUCCCGUGUUUCCUUUUUUUACUCCUGUUACCCCUUUUACUCGUUGGGUUGCCUUGUUGCCCCUUGCUGUUCCUCCUUGUUAUCCCUGUUACCGCUUGUUCUCCCUUGUUUCUCCCUGUUACCUGUUGUUACUCCUGUUACCUCUUCUUUCCCCUUUUUACCCCUGUUACCCUUGUUUCCACUUGGGUUCCCCUGGUUUUUUCUGUCACUCCUGUUUUUGCCUUGUUGUUUUGGUUCCCCUAUGUUUUUGUGUCUCCUUUUUUUUUCCUUUCCCCCUUGUGAUCCUUGUUCCUGCGUUCCCCCUUGUUAGCCAUGUUCCACGUUUUCCCUUGUUACCUCUUUUCCUUUUUUCACCCGGUUUCCUCUGUUCCCUUUCUUUCCCUGUUCCUUUUUUUUCGUUCUUCACCCGUUUUUCCUUCCCGUUGUUCUUCUUGUUCCCUCAAUUCCCCUGUGUUCUUCUGUUCCACUUGUCUUCUCUUCCCCUGUGUUCUUCUGUUCCCCUUGUGCGUAGGACUUCCGGUGCUCAGUUUCCCUCUACCACUGGUCAAGCUCGUUUUUAGAUUUGCGCGUGCCGUCGUCACUGCCAUUGCGUUUUUUGGGGAACCUUUUUGUAAUACGCGUCCUUUUCAAUGGCGUUUGAUGUGUGCUCUGGUACUACGGAAACCCUGUCCCGUACCAAUAAAUUUUUGCUUGCAGUGGCCUUUGUUAUACAUAACAGAGACAUUUUUAGUUUUAACCUUUUAAAUCCUACCUUUUUAGAUCGAUGAACCACAGGGCACCAUUUCACAGGAUGCCCUCCCAGGUAGGAAAACAAUAAUGGCCAAUGGCUACGUUCGAGCUCCAAAAUCAUUUAGUAACAAAAGCUUCCCACUUAGCCUUGUUUUCAAUCAGGCUUGGGUAAGGCUAGGGUCAUCCUCGGAGACCCAGGGGCAGCUAGUCGAGACGAUAGAAUGGACGCGGUGAAAGUUUACUGUAAGAUUGAGAAGAGCUAGGGUUAGGGUGAAAGAAAACUUUCUGCUAUCGUCUUGACUACUGUAGCUGCCCGUGGGUCUCCGAUGAUGGGCUAGGAUUGAGUCAGAAAUGGUCUUUUGUCAUGUGCUAUUUACCUUACGGAAUGUAUCAACGUCCUGCUUCUGUCAUUCGAAGGCCGUUUGGGCAUCAGUAAGGAUUGGCCUUUUUUGAGGUUGUAGUUGACCCGGAAUCGUUGCUGUUUUGAACUGCGCCAUUGGACUGUCUGGGCGAUGCAAUUGACCACUGCAGAAAAUACCAUAACAUAGCAUAAUGCUCUUUGUUUGUCACCCCAAAAUUUUGCAUAAGCAUUGUUUUCAGUUUCUCUUUGGGCCAUUUCAACUCCCAAGAGAAGCUGAAAACAAUGCUUAUGCAAAAUUUUGGGGUGACAAACAAAGAGCAUUAUGGUAUGUUAUGGUAUUUUCUGUAGUGGUCAAUUCUCUGCCAACCUUAUAAUAACCAGUAGAAGCGAUAGAUGAUUCUCAACACUAGUCCGUGAAGCAAGAACGUUCUUGUCACAGUUGCAUUUUCUUGCGUGGGAAAAGCAAAUUUUCGGGUUACAGCUUUUUGUGAAAGCAUUGUUUGUAGAGGAACGCUCAAAAGACGGCAUUAAUAGAUUUUUUUUCGCUUUUCGUUGACAGUGAGCAGUGCACCUGAGGAAGGCUUUAAAGGUAAGGGAUUAUCUGUACUUUAA